ACCGAAAAACAUUUUAAGAAAAAAAGAAAAAGGAGCCCGUAGCCACCAGGAAACCAAAGCUAGCUAGGCGGUGGUGGUCAGAGUCGAGUCCAUCGGUCCACCCAAACCCAGCCACGUGCGCAGUUUAACACCCUCCAACACCCCCCGCGCACGUUAGCCCUCCUCCCCACCCUAACCUCUUCUUUCCUAGAUCUCCAAAUCAGCCGCACACCUCUCCCCCACCACCACCCCACCCUUAUAAACCCACCCCACCCAAUCUUUUUAAUUAUGUUUACAACACUCCGCUUAUCGUGCGCCGCCAUACCCUUAUCGUGCGCCGAUGGCUACCCCUUCACUUUCUCCCCAAGAUCUCCCGAACCCACCUCUGGCCCCACCCGCUAACCCGUCUGGACCCACCAACCCGCGCCGCCUCCCUCCGCCGUGCUGGUCGCACGAUGAAACGGUGGCGCUGAUUGACUCGUAUAGGGAGAAAUGGUAUUCGCUGAGGAGGGGGAAUUUGAGGGCUUGUCAUUGGCAGGAGGUUGCGGAUAGCGUGGCGUUACGCAGCCCGAAUGAGCCGGGGAAGACGUCUGUGCAGUGUAGGCAUAAGAUGGAGAAGUUGAGGAAGAGGUAUAGGAAUGAAAUUCAGAGGCUGGCGUCUGCGGUGGGGAGGAAUAGGUAUAAUUCUUCGUGGGUGCAUUUUGAGAGGAUGGAUUGUAUGGAGAAAGGGCCUACUGCGGUGGCGUUGCCUGUUAAUAGGAUGACCAAAAUUGAGGAUGAUGUGGAUGAGGAUGAGGAGGAAGAGGAGGAUAGUGAUAUCGGGUUUUAUCCAAAGAGUGUUAGGAAUGGUUAUGGUUUGGGUGGGAAUGGGAAUGUUGGGAAUGGUGUGAAUUUGUGUUCUUGGAAUAGGAUUCCAGGUCAGGGGAACUUGGUUUCCCCGACUCCAUUGGCAAUGUAUAAUAAAUUUGAUGGGUAUAGUACUCCGAAGGCUAGUGAGGUUCCGAGUUUUGGGGGUUUUAAGAAUGGGAGUGUAGGGAGGUUUGGAAUGGGGAAUAAUGGGAAUGAGGGCAGAGUGGAAAGUAAGAAAGAGAGUAAUGAUCCUGCGAUGGAGUUGGUGGGGGCGAUUAAGGCGUUGGGAGAUGGGUUUGUCAGAAUGGAGAGGAUGAAGAUGGAUAUGGUGAGAGAAGUGGAGGCAAUGCGAAUGGAUAUGGAGGUGAAGAAGACGGAGAUGAUUCUUGAAUCACAGCAGCGCAUUUUGGAGUCUUUUGUGAAUGCUGUUUCUGAGGGAAGUAACAAGAAGGCAAAGAGGAUGAGUUCACCCUCGUCUUAGAUAAGUUUAAGUAGAUGGUCUUUGGUACUAUGAAUACUAUAUUUAGUUUAUGCUUGACUGCUAAUCAACAUAUUUAUUGCGGAAUCGGUUUUUGAUAAUCAUUAAUUAAGAAACAUGGAACUUUUUUAAAAUGGCAAUUUUCUAGGUAUGUUGAUCUUCAAGAUGAUUAUUAUAUAAAAUGGGUCCUAAUGAUUGUUUUGUGAA